UAGACUGAUAGCGUCGUGUUUUUGUUUCAGUUUAUCGCGAUCCGUGGUGGUGGUUGGAGGCAUUGGAGCGUCGGUCUGCGGAAUAUGCGUUGUUUGCGUUUCGAACAAUUGUUGCGUGUAAGAAUCGAAAGGUGAUUGUUGCUAUAAGAAUGUCCGUGCAGAGCUCCUCGUUGAGGGCCGCAGCCCCCGCGGAUCCCAUGGAGGAAUUGAGGUUAUUCAUCAUGGGGGCCAACAAACAAUCGAAGUGCAUCUCCUUGGAGAUGACCAAAUCAGCACUGCUGAUGCUGAAAACUUUGCCGGCUGCCCGACUGGCAAUACUGGAGUACUUAAGCAAUGUGCUAGACAUUGCCGCUAAGAAUUACAUUAUAAGAAUUGAGAAGGAGAUAUCCACUGGUAAAGUGGCACAACCGAAUGAGUAUGAUGAGACUACUUUAGCUGAGGUGCACAGUGUUUUGUGUGGAUUCGUUGUGGCGAACGCUGAGGCUUGGGCCCCAAUCAUCAGCACCUGGUCUCUGGAAUUGCUCGGGAAGAUUUCCAGCCAGUAUGCGGGGAGGGCACACGCUUGCACUGGUUUAAAUGAUGUUUUGCAGCUGUGGAUGAACUGUCGAGCUACCAGGACUCUGAUAGAUAUCACCACUCAGUGUCUUUCGUCGCUGAUGCACUCCAACACUGAGGCUUGCAUCAACGCGCUUCUGGACACCUCCGUGAAGCAUUCACCAAACUUCGAUUGGGUCGUCGCCCAUGUGGGAAGCUGCUUCCCGCAGACAGUCAUCGUUCGGGUGUUGUCUUGCGGUUUGAAGGAUUUCUGCUUGAACAAGACGUAUCAGGGCAGCAACUCCCCUAAAUUGAAGUCGGUGGUUGGGAUUUUGGGGCAUCUCACGACGAGCCACUCCACGGCCAUACAGAAAGCCCUUUUGGAUAUGUUCAAUUGGGGUUUAGAGGAAACUGCGUUCCACGAAGGCGACGUGAUCAGAAACCAGAGGAAAGCCACUGUUCCUUACCUGGUGCAAAUCUUGACCCUCUCAUCCAAACUGCUAAGCACGAUUGGAGAUGAAAUUAGGAGAACAAUUCCGAUUAAUGUUUUUUUGAAACUGUACCAAAUGACCGACGACUGGUGCAAAUACAUCGAUUCUCCUGAUGGUCUACAGGAUCUUCUCUCGAACUUGAUUCUGUCGUGCGAGAAAGGCGGAGUGCAAAUAAUACAGCUGCUCUUGGAUUGCGUCAACAUUAAGACCAAAUCUUCGAGUGUGGAUGAGGUGACGGCCAACAUUAUAAAGACUAACGCUUGGGAGCUCUUAGAGUAUAUUUUGAGCGAUAUCGAUUACUCGGUGAGGCGCAAGAACUACAUCGACAGGAAACCGCUGAAGCUGCUGAAUUCGCUGAUCUUCGACGUGGAGGAGGUGUGCAAAAUGCUGGUCAGUUCGGAGGAUAUCGAGUCGCAAACAGCGUCGCGCAUCAUCAACUGCAUCGGUCAGCACAAUCCUCCUGUUCUUAUCCAAGCCCUCUCCUUCAUCCUGCACAAUUCCACCACGGACGAGCAGUUGGCGUUCUUCGUUCGAAUCCUCGGAAGCGAGCUGGUGGACAAGACCAGUUCACCGUACUACGAGAAAGGCGGUCACUUCUCCGUAGUCCUGGAGCAGAUCCUCGAGAAGCACUUCGAGCGUCUGAACGGUUUCACCUCGUUCAAAUCGGAAUCGCUGGAGCAGACGUGGCGCAACUUGCUGAAACUGCUGAAAUGGGAGAAGUCGAACGCCAUCUUCGCGCUGAAAACCAGGUGCAUAUCGAAGGGUAUCGAGUACAACCUGCUGAACCUCACCGAGAUCUUCAAGGUGUCCAGUUUGGGCUCUAAGUGUUCUCACAUUUUAUGCGAAAUCUUGCAUCUGCUCGAUAUACCGAAACUGGACACAAUCCCGCUGCAGGUGACGCUCAAGUUGGUCUGCGGAACUGUGAAUUACUUUUUCAACUGUUGCAAAGAAACUGAUGAAUUGCUUCGGAUGAACGGUUUCAAGAGGACGCUGGAGAUGUUCCGGAGGUUGAGCUGCCACUCGAAGGUGUGUCGUAACAAGGCAUUGAGGCAUCUUCUGGAGCGAUCGCUCUUCGAGAAAGCCGACGCCGAGUUGUUCGGAGCGCAAAUGGACGAGGAUAACAACAACACGGAGGUGAACAAGCAGCUGAUCAUCCAGAACAAGAAAAUCAGCAAGACGAUACAUCUCACCAAACAUUCGUCUGUGUUCAAUGGUGGAAUUAUUGGUAACGGGAAGCGGAAAUCCAUUUGCGUCCAUCGUCCGCCCAUAGAUUUAGUGUCUAUAAACACUAGGCAUCUGAUUGCUUCUCUUAAGGCCUGCUGCGGCAUCCCGGUCGAUACGCCGAACGACAAGAUUGUCGAUGUCAGUUUAGACAGUUUGACGUUGGUUUCUUUGAUGCUGGUCCAGCUGAUCAGUCCUGAUGUUAUGUACAAUGGAUUGCCGUGGCCCGAAGAAGAGUUUUCCAAGGUGACCAUUGAAAGGGAUUUGCUCAUCAGGAGACUGUUCAAUCAGAAACCUCUGCUGUGGGAUCUGCUGAACUUCGUGGCUUCGUACAGGCCGGCUCUGUGUUACUGCUCCGUCCUGUUGAGGGCCCUCACGGCUACGCUGAUGCAUCAAUGGACGAGCAUGGGGGAUCAGAGCAAAUCCUGCAACACGGACAGCUACAAGGCUCUGAUGGACACGACCGUUCGAGUCAUCGAUGUCAUGGCUUUGGGUCAACUGCUGCCGCCGCCCCUGUCCAGCGUUCGGGACGUGGUGCCAUUCCUCAAUUCCUACGAGAUCGUCGCUAUAUUGCGUGAAUGCAUCUGGUGCUACAUGCGCGAUCACAUCCCAUCCCCGGCGCUCUUCGUUGGCGACUCCAACGGUCUGAUGUGGAGAGACCCGACGGUGGUGCGACCGGCCGAUCCAUACACGAAGACCCUGAGGAUCAUCAUGCAGAGGAACAUCAAGACGGUCGGCCACCUCUACUCGCAAAUGUUCAUCACCCUCCCGACAAGCGAUUAAACUACCAUGAAACCAUGUUCAUGAAUUCGUACAGGUUGAAGAAGUUCAUCAUCGGUUCGAAGGUCAGCUUUCGGAAGUGCGGCCCGACCUG